AUGGCCAUCGUCGAAGCAAAAUCGAUCGAAAAAAUCGAUGAUUCCCAUGAAAUUGAACCAACCACCGAAGAGUUAACAACAUUGGAACAUAUUUCUGAUUAUAUACCGCUUGCUGUUUGGCUUAUUGUCAUUUGUGAAUUGUGCGAACGUUUCGCCUACUAUGGACUUUCGGGGCCUUUUCAAAAUUAUAUUCAACAUCCGGCACCUGGUCCAAAUAGUACACAACCUGGUGCCCUCGGUCGUGGACAACAAAUUGCUACUGCAUUGACAACUUUUUUUCAAUUCUUCUCUUAUCUUGCGCCGAUCGCUGGUGCCAUUCUAGCCGAUCAAUUCUGGGGUAAAUACAAAACAAUUAUUGUUGCAUGCGUGGUCUAUAUGGUUGGCCUAGUCAUUUUGGUUCUUAGCAGUAUAUCACCAUCUAUUGAAAAAGGUGUCGCGUUUCCAGGUUUGGUCAUAGCCAUGGUCAUUCUGGGUGCUGGUGCUGGUGGUGUAAAAAGUAAUGUAAGUCCACUGAUGGCUGAACAAUAUACUAGAACAACACCUGUUAUCACAGGUAACUGA